AUGGAAGCAAGAAAUUCAAACGUUCUCAUUGAGGGGCCGGAACCUGUUGUUGGAUUUUUCGUUCCAGCGUCGUCCGCUGCGUAUGUCACAGAAAUAUUGGAACUCGCGCUUAGCACUAUACCAGGCGCUAGAGUUUGUGCGGGCACCUUGUCCAAGGUAAUGGACUCUAAUCUCCCAGCAACCAACGCUCAUCCAGAUUCCGAUUUCCUCCCGGAUUUAGACACUUCGGAUGGUAGCUGCCCAGAAACUGAUGUCGAACCGGAAGGAACAAAAAGAAAGCAUGGAGACCAUCACAAAUGUGUUCCGGGAAAGACUGGCAAUUGUUGCAUGCAUCGAAUGGCUAAUGAGAUGAAACAGAAAUAUGGUACACCUGUUGCUCAGCCAAAUGGUACUGCAAGUUGUCCACGUAUCAUGGUACAGUAUCCAGGGUUGCCAUACGUUGUUCCAGUACACGAAGAGUUCAAUAAUCUCGGUCUUCCACGUGGCAUUGUUCGGUUUGGAUGCAAUGGUGUAUUCAUGGUAAGUCUCAAGACACACAUAUCAUUUUUGGGUUAA